AUGGUACCCCCCACGGUAGAAGCAUCCUUGGAGUCUCCUUACACUAAGUCGUACUUUUCACCUGUCCCAAGCGCGCUCUUGGAACAGAAUGACUCUCCAAUAAUAAUGGGUAUCGAUGAAGCUGGCAGAGGGCCCGUAUUAGGGCCAAUGGUCUACGCAGUAGCCUAUUCUACACAGAAAUAUCAGGACGAAACUAUAAUCCCUAACUACGAGUUUGACGACUCUAAAAAACUUACAGAUCCCAUCAGAAGAAUGCUGUUUUCCAAGAUAUACCAGGACAACGAAGAACUAACCCAGAUCGGCUACGCAACUACGUGCAUCACUCCGUUGGAUAUCUCUAGAGGAAUGAGCAAGUUCCCACCGACGAGAAACUAUAACUUGAAUGAGCAGGCGCACGAUGUCACAAUGGCACUCAUUGAUGGCGUGAUAAAGCAGAACGUGAAGCUCAGUCACGUGUAUGUGGAUACUGUUGGACCACCAGCGUCCUAUCAGAAGAAACUGGAGCAACGAUUUCCUGGUGUCAAGUUUACGGUCGCCAAGAAGGCAGACUCGCUCUACUGCAUGGUCAGUGUGGCGAGUGUCGUUGCAAAAGUGACCAGAGAUAUACUAGUCGAAUCCUUGAAGAGGGAUCCCGAUGAGAUCCUGGGUUCUGGAUACCCCUCCGACCCGAAGACAGUCGCAUGGCUGAAGCGCAACCAGACAAGUCUUAUGGGCUGGCCCGCCAACAUGGUAAGAUUCUCAUGGCAGACAUGCCAGACUCUGUUAGAUGACGCCAGUAAGAAUAGUAUCCCUAUCAAGUGGGAAGAACAAUAUAUGGACAGCAGGAAGAACGCCGCACAAAAAACCAAGCAAUUGCAGCUCCAGAUGGUCGCUAAGCCUGUUAGAAGGAAGAGGCUGAGAACCCUAGAUAAUUGGUACCGGUGA